GUAUGUUCUCCUAACAAAGUAAAAGAACUUUCGAGUACCGCACUGUUGAGGAAAACUGGACAGCGGAACCGGAUGCAAUAGAACCAAGACUAGUGGGACACACUUUAGCGCUCUUGACUUUUUCCUUGUCACUUUUUUUUUUCCACAAAGAAAGGAUGCAGUUGAUUAUUGCAUAUUAAACACGGGGUCAAUCUAUAAGAGGAAUGUACGCUCCGCAAUCUGCGCGCCACGCUUCUCCAGCUGACCAAGACCAGGGCCGAACUGGAGCGUGACUCCGACGUCUGCAGGACUCAGAAGUAGCAGUUUCUUUAGGAUUGAUCUGUGUGACCUAAAGUAUGCAGCAUCCGCUGGAGCUAGGAGCCCACUACUUUCCGCCUGACGCCCAUCCUGACCACAGGUCCCAUCGCUACCGGAGCUUUAUGAUUGAAGAAAUCUUGACAGAUCACCCAGAACACAAAGUCACCGCACCCACUGGAGAACUGCUUAAAUUUGGAGUACAAGCCCUCCUGUCGGCGAGACCAUACCACAGCCACCUAGUUCUAAAGGCAGACCAGAACAGCGUGUUCAAGUUUCCUAUGCCACCACUGUCCUGCUCUCUGGGUGCUCCUCUGGGGUCAUCACUUCUGUCUAAUGGAUCGGCGCUUCCCGCUGCCUCCGGAACCCAUCACGUCCCGUUAGAUCUACAUUUACGAAGCAAGCUUGACCCUGGUUCGGAUCCUGGGAGUAAAGCAAAAAAGGGACGAAGGAGUCGGACGGUUUUCACAGAACUGCAGCUAAUGGGUCUGGAAAAAAGAUUCGAGAAACAGAAAUACCUCUCAACACCGGACAGAAUAGACCUAGCAGAAUCUUUGGGUCUGAGUCAACUUCAGGUAAAAACGUGGUACCAAAACAGAAGGAUGAAAUGGAAGAAAAUUGUGCUGCAGGGUGGAGGUCUGGAGUCCCCUACGAAGCCAAAAGGUCGCCCAAAGAAGAACUCCAUCCCAAGUUGUGACCAGUUGUCGGAACAGGAGAGAUCAAAAGAAACUGAAAGACAAUUAGAAGGAUCAUCUUCAUCUCAUUCCGAUGUACAUCAAGAAGAAUAACUCGAAUGAGCUGAAGACAUUCUGUUUCAGGCAAUGACUUUUGUGUGACUUGUGGUGGAAUUUUAUGUCGGCGCUUGUUGGUUCCACUGCACAGACACUGUUUUCGCUUAUUCAAACGUUUUUAUGAAGUCUCAUCGGCCAUAGUUCUGCAUUCCCGUCCAAAUGGAUGUUACGUUUGAAAGAAGAUUCUGCAUUGGUCAGAGAUCUGCAAAAUGGUACUUUUAAAUUACUAUUCCCACUACUUUCCAAGUAUUGAAAAGGAUUCGCCGUUUUGUAAACGAUGUUAACAUCACCAGUAUUUUAUUCUCAUUGUUCAGCAGUGUUGACGACUUUUUUAUACUACGUUUUCCUAUCAUUCACAUUUUUUGUGAUAUCGUUACUUAUAUUAAAUGCACACAGUGAUAGGCAGAGCAUCUCUGCAAACUGGUUCUUAUAUGAUAAGGUUAAUGUUUUGAUUAGUGUGAAACUGUGGGGAAUUGGAUAUUUAAAAUAAGUGUAAAUUUAUAUGUGACGUUGUAUAUACCGUACGGUUGUUCUAGUGCCCAAUAAGGCAUUGUAUUCCAGGAUGUAAUAAAAAUGAGUCACUCCGUUAACUGAUUUUCAGUUUGUAUUUUCAGAAAUGCAGAUAUUGACUUUUUCCUUUAUACGUCCUGUAAUUUCAACAUAGUUUCUUUCAUGAAACACAAGUAAAAAUCAGUAUUUCAAGAAAUUUUCCAGCCCUGAUCA